AUGGAAAAAACUGAAAAUAAUUCAUUGCAAGCAAUUAAACAAAAAAGAAAGAGAAAAAUAUUACACAGAAACAUUAUUAAAAAUGAAUUACAAAAUUUGAGAGAAAUGCUAGAUAUGUAUCAAAACAAAAUUACGUCUUCUUCAUUAAAAGAGAAAACACAAGAAAAAGUAACUCCUAAAGAAGAUGUAUAUUCCUAUAAUGAUAUGUACACAUUAUUGAAAGAAAUUCAAUACCAAAACCGUGAACUUAUUGUAUCUCAGUCAGUACUUGCCCAAUACAAUAAAGAAGUUUGGUAUGCAGAGUUAAAAAUUCUUAGAACAAAAAAUGAUUAA